CUUCUUUCCUACACCUCACACGCCCAAGGCAUCAUGGCACCCGCCAAAGCGCCUGCGGGCCACUUUUCGAUCCUGUACUUUGCGGCAGCCUCCACCUUUACUGGCAAGACAAGCGAACAUCUUCCUGCACCCGUCAGAGCUCGCGAUGUCUUUGCUAUGCUGGAGGAGCGGUACCCGGAUAUUCGUAACAAGGUGCUGAGCAGCUGCGCGAUGACAAUCAACAUGGAGUACGUCGACGUUGGCGAAGAUGAUGCCGAGGACGCGAACAAGCAGAUCGUGGAAGGCGAUGAGGUCGCCAUUAUCCCACCUGUUAGCUCAGGAUGAGCUCAGCGGGAUGGUCUAUGUGCUUUAUAAUGUUAUGAACUCUAUCUACAGCUUUAAUAUAUUCAUUGCAGCUUUGA